CGGAGUGAAAUAGGUAUAGGCAGGAAUCCCUGUGCUGCCAUUGGCUAAGCCCUGCAGGUAUUCACACAGCAGCAGUGGGUGUGGGAGGGAGAGAACUGCAAGUUUUGGUUUCUGCUGGGAGCCACCAUUGCCUGCCCUGGGAACCCACAUACGUGAAGCAGCCGGGAUGGGGACACAGGGAUACAGAUUGGUGCCUUAUUUCCUAUGGGCAGUUCUGGUGACAGUCUCUGCCAUUACUGUAGACACGCCAACAAAAAAAGUUGAAGCCGCUAGAGGGAAGAACGCCACAUUACUGUGCACCUACCAAACCAUUGCAGAUAAAAGUGGCAGCAUUGCUGGCUGGAAAAAAUUUGAUACCCAGGAUGAGGUUAUCACCUACUAUUUAGGUAGUGAUUCCACCUAUGGAGAUGCUUACAAUGGAAGGGUGUCCUUUACUGGUGACCCGGGUGCUAAUAAUGUAGGGAUCACCAUUACUCAACUUACUAUGCAAGACAACGGCACGUACCAGUGUGAAGUCAUCAUCCCCAAAGAUCGUAAAGGAACCCCUACUGCCAAAAUGGAUCUUAUUGUAUUGGUGGCCCCUACCAAACCCAUCUGUGGCAUCGAAGGGAGCUCCGAAUAUGGGCAAGACAUCAAACUGAAAUGCAACUCUGUAGAGGGAUCUCCAGUCCCAGACUAUCAGUGGACAAGUUACUCACCCCAGAAUAUGCCAAGGCAACUGCCACUAACAUCAGUAAGGGAUGGAAGUGAUCUGACUCUGAAGAACAUCUCGGCCGACACCUCCGGCUACUAUAUCUGUGUGUCAAAGAACAAAGUUGGGGAAGAGUCCUGUAAUAUCACAGUAGCAGUGAUGCCACCUUCAAUGAACAUUGGUCUCUACGCUGGAAUUAUUGGAGGAGGUGUCGCUGCGGUCAUAGUGAUCGGCAUUAUCGUCUACUGUUGCUGCUGCCGCGAUUCUAAAGAUAAAGAGGAUUACAAUAUGGCAUACAGAGAAGAAGAGGAAGAAGAAGCAGAAGAAGACAACCCACGACAACAGAACAGGCAACAGAUGCAGAGAAAUCAGAUGGAGGACUAUGAGAAGAAUGAUGAUGAUGAUGAUGAGGGCUACCAGGAGAGCAAACGAGGCACAGGCCCUCCGGUGCCACCAGCUAAUCGCAAACCUCACAUGAUUACUGAUUCUGCUGAUGCAUAAUGCACAAAAAUAACAAAUCUGACUGGGGAUUUAUUUUUAAAUAUCAAAAACUUUCAAAAAUGACUUUUUUUAUUAUUUUUUUUUAGCAGCUUAAAUUGAUACGCAUCAACUGGAUCCAAAACAAAAGGGUUAAUUGAGCAGUGGAGAUGCUGUUAAUGAAUCAGGCCCUGGAGAUGUAUUUAUGUUGGUUUUUAAUUAAUAUCCACAGUUAUAGGGGGUGAAUACUGACAGACCCCGACCGCUGGUCAGUUUAGAGUAUGUGUUGGGAUUGCUCAUUGGUCAGGCUCCUCCUCAAACUUACAUAAACAAUUCCCUGCCAGAUUUAUACUGUAUCAAUACCUUUGUCAUUAUGGAAUCUCUUUGCAUUUUUUAGAUUUUCAAUAUAUUUGUUGAAUAUUAACUGUAAAAUGUCUAAAUGUGUACAUUUUUUGGUUUAAAUUAGUUUUUUUUUCUGUAGAAAGAAAUGAAAAGUAAAGUUUAUAUCCAAAUAUA